CACACACACGUCCCAGCCGUCAGCCCUUAGCCCAAAACCAGCCCGCAGCUCACAGAGAGACGCCACUCACUGCCUACUUCAGGGAUGGACUAUGAGCCCACUAAGAAAGCCAAGAAGGGCUUUGUAUCACCCAUCAAGCUCCUGGUCUUCUCUAAGUCGGGGCGCAGACAGACAGACAGGAGUAGUGUGUCUCGUAGACCACUCCACACCGUACCCCUCUACCCUCCAGACUUCCUCAUCCACCCAGAGAGACUCAUCUAUGACUAUGUAGAGAAGGAGGUCAAGUUCCUGGGUCACCUGACUUGGGUGUCGUGCUCUCUAAACCCUUCCAGUAGAGAUGAACUGCUGCAGCUCCUGGACACAGCCAGGCAGCUGAAGGUGCUUCCCCUGAAGACCAGCGUUGAGCAGGACUGUAUCCUGAGCCUGUCAGCCCGAUGUCUUCUUCUGACCUGGCGAGACAACGAGAAACUGCUGCUGAGAAUCCCUACGCACGAGAUCGCUGCUGCCUCCUACCUGAGAGAUGAUGCACUGCACCUUCUGGUGCUCAAAACAGGUUUAAAGGUAGAUACCGUCCUGGCGGGAGGUAACAGCCUGGAGAAGAAGAACCCAGGAGGCAUCGAGGCCCGUCGUCAGACCAUGAGCAACUCUGACCCACGUCCAGCAGGUGGCACUAUGGAGCGCAGACACACCAUCUGUGGAGUGGACUGGAAGAACCACAAACCCUCCUCCAAGCAGCCGCAGCCGCAGCCCACCCCAGCCCUGGUGCAGGGUGCCGGGGGAGGAGGGGGAGGAGGAGCUGCUGGAGUGGCUGGAGGUGCUGGUGGCAGCCUAGAGAGGCAGCCCAGGGUAGGAGGAAGCUGGGAGCGGAGACAGACCAGGAAGCCUGGAGGAGGAAGCUGGGAGAAGAGGCCAGUGAGCGGGAGCUGGGACCGACCCAGACCGGUCGGGGGGAGUUGGGAGAAAAAACACGGGACCAGUGGAGUUGGAGGAGGUGCAGGUAGCUGGGAGAAGAGGCAUGGAGCAGGAGGGAAGCCUGGAGGCAGCUGGGAGAGGAAGCAUCCCCAGGGAGGGAGUUGGGAACGCAGGCAAGCCUGUACAGGGAGCUGGGAGAGGGGGAAGAGCUAUGGAAGCUGGGAGAGGAGAAACCAUAACCCACUGGAGCCGACACCAUGCCCUGAUGCCUACUGUAAUCUGGUCAUACUGGCUGUGGAGAACCGGGAUGCAGCGGAGGAGUACUGUGCUCUGAUCUGUCAGAUGUUCCAGAUUAUCUAUGGACACCAGACUAUAGAGUGUGUUGACAGGUCUGGAUUCCACUACACCAUGCCAGAUCGCUACUGGCUCCAGAGGAGUGACAGCUGUCUGACUGACAUGACUUACAGCUACGACGCUGACUUCAGCCUCUGCAGCUCUUAUGAUGGAUCCCAGGAGGCCUUUGACCUGUACUACAGUGAGAGCUACAGUGAGAGCUCGUCUCUGUCCCUACAGGGCUCACAUCACAGCCUGGCAUCGCUGCAUAGUGACGGAGGAGACCAGGGUCUGCAGCUCAUGCAGGAGUACAUGAUCACCCUAAGGAGUAAGCUGAGUCCCCAGGAGCUCCAGCAGUUUGCCCUGCUGUUGAGAGAGUACAGGUUGGGAUGUCCCAUAGCCGUGUUCUGUUCUGACCUGCUACAGCUGUAUGGAGAUAACAGGAAGUUCCUGCUACUGGGCAUGCGUCCCUUCAUCCCAGACAAAGACGUGGGCGUUUUCGAGAGCUUCCUAGAAGGAAUCGGGAUCCGGGAGGGGGGCAUUCUGACGGACAGCUUCGGCCGGAUCAAGCGGAGCAUGAGCAGUACGGCGGCAACGGUCGUGAGGGGUUACGACAGCUGGUCACUCCCCUCGGGCUCGCAGGACUUCAACCGCAGGAUCAGUGACAUCACACACGAUAUCGAGGCCCUGGGAUUUCAACAUGAACAUGGGGGGUGGCAGGGAGAGCAGGGGGGGUGUCAGGGAGAGCAGGGGGAGUGGCAGGGAGAGCAGGGGGGGUGUCAGGGAGAUAUAGAGGAGGAGGAUUAUUAUCUGUGAAGGAGUGGUGGGGUCGUUGUGGAACAGAAAUGUAGUCUUUUUGCCAUAUGUUUAUUCACAAUAUCAUGACCAACACACUCAUGCAAACACACACUACACAAGAGACUGAGAUUGGCACAGGGACAGCCAACAGGGACAGCCACAGGGACAGCCACAGGGACAGCCAGA